AUGGUUGUUUUGAAUCCUAAUAACUGGCACUGGGUGGACAGAAAUACUAUAGAAUGGACGAAGGAGUAUAUGAACAGAUUCAAUACUUGGGAAGUAGAAGAUGAGGGCAAAAGAUUCCAGGUAACAUCAGUUUCUUCUGUCCAAGGUGAUUCUAACGUCUCUCAAAGAAAAGGUAAGGUUAUCUGUUACUUUGACUUAGCUUUAAUCUUUGGCGUACGGGCUGUGAAUUCUGGAGAUGACGAAGAAGAAACUGGUACUGUUUCUGUAAAUGAGUUUGCCCAUGAUGAGAUAGAUUUCGAAAUCACAUGUUCUGGAUUCACCAAGCACACUGAUAUUGUCAAGAACAGCUUUGUCCCCAAGUUGAGAGAAGAGUUGUUAAAAUAUCAAGAUGCAUUGAUCAAAGAGCACUCUAACAGUGUCCAGCACGCUAUAUGA